AUGUCCUCCCCAGCCCCUGCCGCUGCGCCAGCAGACUCCCAACACUCGUCUCGACUAUCCACGACCCGCUCACAUCUCGCCUACCUCGCCAAUCCCAAGAACUCGCCUGCGCCGAAAUCGCUCGUUACCCGCUCGUCGCUCAAAACGUUCAGAUACGUGCUGAAGUUUGUGUUUUGGCGGUUGUUGCGGUAUGCGAAAUACACCCUGAUAGCAGCUGGGAGUGCGGCGCUCGCGGGCACAGUGAUCGGCACAGCACUACCGUGGGUCGGAGCGCUCGUCUUCCCCAGUGUACCCGUAGCAGCUGCCAUGGGCGCCACAACAGCCUUAAUCAAAUUCACGUGGAGACAUCGAGGAAACCAUUUCCGCGCUGCGUGGGCUGCGGGAGGAGAAGGCCGUAAUGCGCGGAGAGACGAGGCGAGGGAUGCGCACGAGGCGUCGGAGGAGUUUGAUAGGGCGACAAGGAGGGCUAGGAGGGCGGAACGGAGUUGGAAAGCGGAGGAGGACGCGUUUUGA